AGAAGCCCUCCGCCAUGCUGCCCGCUCCUUGUUGUUCUCACCAGCUGCUCGACAACAAAAAGCCUUUUUUCUGAUGGGAUGUGCCUCUUUGAGUAAAGUCUGCACUUUGGUUGGUGAGUUUGUUGUUCCAAACCUGGUAAUUGAAUGCUUGUAUCAUUGAUUUACACAACUGUGUAGCAGUUGGAUAACAAAAACAGAAGCCACAUUUGUGUAAGAGCUAAACUGAUUGUAAGCAACUAUCCAUGCUUCAAUUUGAAUUAAGGCCAUGACAGAAUAAUGGAUAAAAUGAUGGAUACUUUUAUUUAAACAACGUUAUAGUUAAAUGCAACUAUGAAGAGUUAUGACAGUGUAAUGCCGCAUGAACGCAUCACUUUGCUGGACAGAUGAGAAUAUAUAUGUUAUUAUCUGACAUGCUUUAAGUGGAAUUCUUGGAUGUUGUUGUCUGCUGACCUCAGCAGCUAUCAUGUGCCUCUUCUGGUGACACUGUGACCACAUGUGAUACUUGUUUUGAUGCUGGGUUGAGCAUUUGGAUCAGAAAAAAAGGGGUUUGGAAAUCACCCACAGAAUAAUGAGGAGAUGUGAGAUGUGUUUGUCAUGAGUUGUUGAUAGUUAUCGUGUUUGUUUCAGUGAAGUUGAAUCAGUUGUUGGGACACUUGACCAAAGAUGGUGCGCAAUGUGGACGACUUGGACUUCUGUCUUUCCUCUCAUCCUCAAAGCAUCCUUGAAGGCUUACGUUCUUUCUGCUCCAACCCCAAACUAGUCGAUGUGACUCUGAGCGCAGGCGGCCGUGACUUCCCGUGUCACCGCGGCGUGUUGGCCCUGUGCAGCGCCUAUUUCCGCUCUAUGUUCUCUGGUGACUUCGUAGAGAGUAUAGCAGCACGCGUGGAGCUUCACGAUGUUGACGCAGACGUCCUGGGAUCUCUGUUGGACUUUGCCUACACAGGGAAGCUCACCAUCAACCAGAGCAAUGUUGAGGGUCUGAUCUGCACCUCCAGCCAGCUGCAAUUCCAGACAGUCAGAGCUGUGUGCAGCAGGUACCUCCAGAACCAGAUAGAUGCGACCAACUGUCUCGGAAUUCUGGAAUUUGGGGAGAUCCACGGAUGCCCAGAGGUUGUUGCCAAAGCUUGGGCUUUUCUUUUAGAGAACUUUGAAGGCGUCCAGCAAUGUGAGGAGUUUCUUCUAUUGGAGAAAGAGCGUCUGGUGGCUUGCUUGAGUCAUGAAGGCCUGCAGAUCCGGUCUGAGCACACAUGUGUGGAAGCAGCCCUGAAGUGGGUCAAGCACCACAAAGACUCUAGACUCUGCUAUCUUCCUGAGCUUCUCGACUUGUCCCGCAUCUCAAGUCUCAGCCCGGACUACCUGGCUGACCACCUGCUGAAGGACAGCCUGCUUGAGGAGCCUUCCAGCUGCCGGGAGACCGUGGAGAAGAUUUACAGAGAGGUGGGUCCCACAUUGCCUUUCGAUUUGUCAGAGAACAAUGCCUCAUAUCUUCCACAGAAAAUGGAAUCGCCCACAGAUUCUUGGGUUGACAGUCAGAGUCCCCUUCCAAGCCUGCAAGAGGUGUUAUUUGUCAUGGGCGGUCGCUCGCUGGAUGACUCUGAUGAGGAUGAUAGCUCAGAUGAGGAGGACAGAGAUCCCCGACUGCAAAGGCUUUUACUCAGAAACUGUGGCUUCUACAACACAAGGACAAAACAGUGGCACGAGCUCCCGAACUUCCCCAACCCCAACAAGUGGGGCUACUCAAUGGUUUCUUUAAACAACGACGUGUACGUCACAGGAGGCUCGCGGGGCUCAAACACCAACACCUGGUCCACCACAGAGACUUGGAAGUACAUCACACGUGAGGGCAGGUGGAGCACGGUGGCGCCCAUGCUGCGACCUCGGACGAACCAUGCAUCGGCCACACUCAAUGGGGAGGUUUAUGUUAUUGGUGGAACCACGUCAGACCGUGUAGAAGUGGAGCACUACGAUCCCUACAGCAAUACUUGGACGUCCACAUGUCCGGCACUGAAGUAUGUCACCAACUUUACUGCCACUGGGUGUCAUGGGAAGCUCUACGUGAUAGGCUCCUGUGCAGUCAAGUACAACGCUCUGACCAUGCAGUGCUACAACCCAGUUAUAGAUGCUUGGAUCAGCAUAUGUUCUCCGUUCAUCCCCAAAUAUCUCUCCUCCCCACGCUCAGUCUGUGUGGAUGGAAUUAUAUAUCUUGUAGCUGACAACACUAAAAAGGUCUACUCCUAUGAUCCAGAGGCCAACAUGUGGCAGAAAGUCCAGCUCCUCCACAUGCUUCACGAGAACGGGGGAUUAGUGACAUUAAAUGGGAAGCUGUUUGUCACUGGAGGUCACUGGAAAGGCAUGGAGGGGGAUUACGGGGUGGAGGUCGAGGUCUACAACCGGGCCGCCAACUCCUGGGAGGUGGAGUGUUUCUUACCCAGACUUUGGUUCUACAGCGGGGUCUGCACCAUCUUCUUAGACCCUUCACAGUGGCCUGAGCGUUUCCCCAUAGAUUCCACAUGAUGACUUCAGAACGCUCACCACAGGCCGUCUGUGGCUAUAUCUGUUACAGCAGGAGUGCAACGUUUACCCCGACAUGUCAUUGUGUCCCAGAAUAGUUGGUCAUGUGAUCCUCAGGUAUUCGCAGCCAUGCUUCAGUUUAUUUAAUGUACCAGCCGUUUAAAAUCUGAACACUUUAGA